AUGAACGCAAGUUCCGAAAAACCAUUCGAUGAUUUUGGCUAUCUGGAAUUGUUAUUGUUAUACUACGACAUCAGCAAAACCAUCGUAUUCUGGACGAAUGUUUUCUUGAUCUCUUCCACCUUGAUUAACGGAAGUUUUGGUCAGUUGUGUUGGGCUGCGAGUCAAAACGCCGAAACGGCGGUCCGAAAAAUCUAUUAUAUGUUCCGGAUGAAACCACUGGACUUCCAGGAGGAUACGAUGCUAAUGCGCCAACAGCGUCACCUCGAAAAGAAUCACAUCGAAAAAUCCGCGUGGCUGAAACGUAAAAUGGUCGAACAGGAGAUACAAAACGAACGAGAUGAAUAUUUAGAUAGCGAAAGUUUAUAUCAUCGCUUUUCCGAUAUUAUAGAUAGGUUGGUCGAAGCGUUAGAUUCCGUACUGGGCACGAAAUGCCGGAAAAUGUCGGAAAAUUGUCAACAAUACUGCUGCAAAAGAGCUGACUCGAUGCCGUUCGAUAAACCUACUACCAAAGAUCGGAGAUCGUUCCGAAAUCUAAACACGUCGACAGUCGGGUAA